UGGGCACGAGAGAGCAAAUAUUCUAGUGAGAGAGCGAAAAUACGGACGAGAGCUGCCUCUGCUCGGUUUCCAAAGCGUGAGUUUUCGUUCGAACAUACAGUUUCUUCUCGGUCCAUACAACAGUUAAAAAAAACCGCCAAUAUCCAGCCGUUUUGACCUCGCGUUUGAUAAAUAACGCAAAUUUCUAGGAAAAUCCUUUAUAAAUAAACGUAACCUGACUGGUGUUGUGCAUGUAUGAGAGAGAUCAAGUGACCUUCUACAUUCCACGCAUCUUCCAUUUCAAGGUAAUCCCAAGUCGCACUCAAAGAUACUGAUUCCUUGAUAUCAUGUAACGGAACUUGUUUGUCGUCUACUUACCAAAGUUUGUGUAGCUUCGAAGUAAAGGUAGGGAUUACUCCUUCCUUCCUUCCAACUAAUCUGAGGAAAAUAACUAGAGAACUUUUAACUUACCGAGAUGCAGUCACGUAACGGAGAUGACGUCAGAUAUUUCUUCAUAGUGAGCCAAUACAGCCGCGGUAGAAUGGUUAUUGAUAUUCGUAAAGGCAUCCAAGGCGGAGUUCUUGAGAUCGUGAAACCAGAACGUGGACGGGAAAGUCAGCUGUGGAGAUGGGAUGAGAAUUGUCGGCUGGUCAGCAAACUGGGCCUUGUGGCAGAUAUCAAAGGUCGGCUGGUCAACAAACUGGGUCUUGUGGCAGAUAUCAAAGAUCAGGUGGUCAGCAAACUGGGCAUUGAGGCAGAAGAAGUCUGUCAUGCCUGGAAAGCUCACAAUGGCCUCAGCCAAAAGUGGCGAGUCGAAAAAGCAGCCAUUGUGAGUAAUUCGAGUCAUCUCGUUAUCGAUGGUUCGCCUCCCACUGCUCAGGUUUUCAUGAGAAAAUUCAAGGAAGACAGUGAACACCAAAAAUGGCAUUUUGUUCCAGAAGAGGCAUGGGACGACUUCCAACUAUCACUGACAGAUCCAAAUCCUCUUAAAAAGGCGCUCUUCUGGAAAAAUGUGGCUGGCAAUUAUCUUGACGUCAUCAUAGGAUACAGUUUUAACGAGUACCAGACCAAAGUCUAUAAAGUAUUUGAAGACAUAGAUGAAUGUAUCAGCCGCCUCGAGGAGGUAGUGAAGGGUACUGGUAUCGCACAGACAGUCGGUGGAAGUGUGGCUGUCGCUGGAGGCGGGGCAGCGAUAGCUGGUUUGUUGUUAGCUCCGGUUACAGCUGGCGUUAGUUUGGCUCUCACUGUAGGUGGAACUAUCGGUUCACUCACAGGGAAAGUCACAUCAUUAACAGCAAAACUGGUAGACUGCCAUCUGGAUAGGGAGAGGAGAAAGAACGUCCAUGAAGGCAUAGGGUCUCUUCACUGUGCCACCUGUAGCUUCCACUCGCUGCUGAGUGAGUAUGGUAAAUGCCUUCAACAAGCGAAUGAAUAUUUAGACAAACAGGAACAUGAACAAAUAUCGUUUCACGAAAAAUCUAUGGCAGCAGAGAAAUGUGCAUUACUUGAUAAGGGCUACGACACCGUCGAAUUUAUUAAAAGUAUUUACACCAACCCCAAGGAAAUAAAAAGGCUGGCCACGUUUAUGGAGAUCGAUUCUUUUGUGUGCGAUGGAGCAGAUGUCGGAAUUUCCACAAUUGCCGCAGCACCUGAUUUUACCAUCCCAAUCGUGGGAGACACUCUCCUGACCGCUGGAACAACUGGUGCAGAGGUUCUUUCCGAAUCGUUCUUUGGUUAUGGUUUAUGGACUAGCAUGAAGGACAUUUAUUAUGGUGGAAAGCAGAUCGCGAAUUACGGUGAAUUUCGACAAUUUUCUAAAAUUUUGAGAGAAAAGGCUCAUAGACUAAUACGCCUAUACAAAGAACUCAAGGUAGAGAGCAUGGAGUAAUGUUACUGAAAAUAAGCUUUGAGUGAUGUUGAAUUUUUUUUCAACAGUGUGUCUAGAUCUCAGUGGUGCCUUGCAGAAUUUGAAAUGCAACACUAGCCAUGUUGUCAGAUAACGUUCAUGUAUCACCAUAAUAUGACGUAACUUUUACACCGUAUUAUUACAUAC